CAUGUUUGGUACCAUUAUACUUUUUUAGUAAUUUACAAUAAGUAAUUAGCUUUAUUAUCAAAACAUUACCACAGUUUUAAAGUGUGUAAAUAACUUUAAAGUAAUGGACGUAGCAACUGAAACAAAAGAAAUUAGCCCCGAGUAUGAAGCAUGUUUAUUAUCACGUAUAUUCUUUUUAUGGACUAUUCCAUUUUUUAGAAAAAUCCUUAAUGGUACAUUGAAACUUUCUUAUUUUGCUGUUAAUGCUGAGGAUGAUGCCAAAAUUCUUUUAAAGCAGUUGGAGGAAAAAUGGGCUGCAGAAGUGAAAAGAUCAAAAGAAAACAAAGAAAAGCCGAAUUUAAAGAAAGUUGUAAUGGGAAUUUUUCGGAAACAGUUAGCAAUAAUUUACACAUUCACGGGAGUCAACUUUGUUAUUUUGAGGGUAAUUACAUGUGUAUUAUUAACAAUUUUGAACCGAACCUUUACAGAAGAGUACCGAUUUAGAGAAAGAAUAAUGUUAGGAGGCAUGGUUGUUGUCCUUGUCGUAAUUAACUAUUAUUCAGAUUAUAUUUUCCACUACCAGCUACGAAAAAUUGCAAUUAGGAUGAAGGCAGGUUUGUCUUCUUUAAUAUAUAACAAGCUCUUGGUUUUGCAUCUUCAGUCAAUGGAAGAAGCAACCGUAGGAAAGAUCAUAAAUAUUUUAGCUGAUGAUUUAGAUAGGAUUGUUCAGUACACAACAUAUUUGGGAUAUCUGAUAUUGACACCACUACAAAUCCUAACAUUAUAUGCGAGUAUGUGGUAUUUACUGGGUACAGCGGCAUUUAGUGGUGCCUUAUUCUUUACUAUCCUGUUACCAAUCAUGGUUUUAGGAAGUAAAAUCUCUUCAGUUUAUCGUCUUAAAGCAUCAAAAAUUGCAGAUAGCAGGGUAAACAUGAUGAAAGAAAUAAUAUCUGGAAUCAAAGCUAUCAAAAUGUAUGUAUGGGAACUCUCAUUCACCAAAAUCAUCAACGAUUAUAGAAAAGAAGAACUUAGAAAUAUAACUAAAUAUUUAUUGUUUCAAAUAGGCUAUUACCACUUCGCUGUUUUAAAACUAGCCAGUGCAAUUUCAGUCCUAACAAUGUUGUAUGUCAAUGGAAUCCUAUUCCCCGAAAUAAUAUUCUCUUGCAUUCAAUUUCUGGUGAUAUUGAAAAAAGGAGUCUUGGCAUUUAUGCCCCAAGCAAUGCUACUACAGUUUGAAAUUACUAAUGUGUUUGUUAGAAUUUCAGAGUUGUUACUUAUGAAUGAAGUUGAUAUCGAUAGCAAAAUUAAUGCAGAUGUGUCUGGUAUUCAGUUGGAUCAAAUCAAAGCAUCUUGGUCUACAAAGUCAUCAUUUGUUAUAUCAUCCAAUAACAUAAACAUACCAUCAAGAUCGCUUACCGUAAUCAUUGGACCUGUAGGUUCUGGAAAAUCCACUCUAUUGCAGUUACUUCUAGGAGAGCUUAAGCUAUCUUCUGGUAACAUACAGAUGAAUGGUUCAGUGUCUUACAGUGGACAAGAAUCUUGGUUAUUUACCUCUUCACUUAAAAACAACAUUCUCUUUGGCAAUGAUUAUGAUUAUAAUAAGUACCAACAAGUAGUCUCUGCUUGUAGUUUAUUGCCUGAUUUUGACCAGCUAAGAAAUGGGGACCUGUCUUGUGUAGGUGAACAAGGUGUUCUAUUGAGUGGGGGACAAAAAGCUCGGAUAAAUCUAGCAAGAGCGGUGUAUAGAGAUGCUGAUAUUUACCUUUUGGAUGACCCGUUGUCUGCUGUGGAUUCUGAAGUAGGAAAAAGAAUUUUCGAUGAAUGUGUAAAAAGUUAUUUAAGAGACAAAACUAGAUUAUUAGUAACACACCACUUGCAGUAUUUACAAGAAGCUGAUCAAAUUAUUAUUGUAGACAAGGGCAAUUUAGAAUCAUUUGAUAGUUUGUCAGAGAUAAAAUUUAAAAAACCUGAAAUUUUUGAAUGGAUACAAAAAUUAAAUAAAGCCGAUGAAACAAAGGAAACUACUGUGACGUCAAAAUUGAACCUUAAAGAUGAAUCAGACCAGAAAUUGAACUAUGUUUGUAAUGAAAAUAGAACAAAAAUAACUCCAAGGAGAGCACUGUUUGAAUACAUUAAGUCUGGUUCUUGCAUUAUUCCCCUAUUUUUAACUGUAUUCAGUGCACAACUUCUCUUAGGAUUGACUGAUUAUUGGUUGUUAUAUUGGACAAAACAAUCUUAUUCCACACACGCUGAAUCAAAAAAUGUAACAGAAAACUCCAAUGUUCAUCAUAUGAGAGAUAUUCAGUGGACUACAGAAUUCAAUACUAAUUUUACUAUAUAUUGUUCCAUCGUAUCGAGCGCAUUCUUGAUGUUAAUAUUGUCUAAUAUUUUAUUAACAAAGUUUUUUAAUACGGCAUCCAAAAAUAUGUACAAAAACAUGUACAAAGCAGUUAUCAGCGCUCCUUUGAGCUUCUUUUAUACUCAUCCAAGUGGGAGAAUUUUGAAUCGAUUUUCUUCAGAUACUACAGCAGUCGAUGUGAGAUUUGCAGACAAUCUUAAAGAUAUUUCUCAGGUAUAUUUUAUGGGUAUAGGAUCAAUUAUUCUAGUAAUAGUUUCGGAUUAUUAUAUGUCUUUUUUCGUUUUGAUUGUUUUCAUUUAUGCCAAGCUUUUAAAAUGGUAUCAAUAUAUUGGAAGUGAAUUAAAACACUUGGAAAUAACAGCCAAAUCUCCAAUAUAUACUUACAUUAACAACACUUUAAGUGGAAUAACUACAAUAAGAGCAACCAAAAAUCAAGAAAAACUACAAAAAGAAUUUAUUAUAUUAUUGAAUAACCACACAAGUGUUCUUCGUUUAAAUGUUCUAUGUGGCGCUGCAUUUUCUGUAAUUGUGGAUACAGUUUGUGCAUUCUUUUUAUUUGGAGUGAUAUUUGCACUUAUUCUUCUCAACGAAUAUGAUCACAAAAUUACUCCAGGUGUCGCAGGUCUGGCCAUUUUACAAGUAUUUCAGCUAAUGGGUGCCCUUCAGUUUGCUACACAAAAGUCCUUGGACUUCGUACAGUAUCUCAUGAGUAUAGAAAGAAUGAUAGAAUUUAGUAAAAUUGAACCUGAAGAAUUUUCUGAAACCAAAAAAAAUGGUGUAUAUAACUUUCAACCGGGUUAUUCCGGAGCUGAGGUUGUAUUUAAAAAUGUGUCGAUGUUUUACAACAAAGGAUCUUUAGUUUUAAACGGCAUAAAUGUUAGUAUAGCUUCAGGAGAGAAGGUGGGAGUUGUUGGAAGGACAGGAGCUGGCAAAUCUUCUUUGAUUAACGUUCUACUUCGACUUUCCGAAUUUAGUGGCUCAGUACAAAUCAAUGGAGUGGAUACAAAGACGAUGCCAUUGGAAAUAUUAAGAAAACGGGUAUCAAUAAUACCACAGGAUCCUGUUUUAUUUACCAAUACUGUGAGGUAUAAUUUAGAUCCGUUUGGGGAGUUCACAGAUGAUAAUUUAUGGACAGUCAUUAAACAGGUAGAAUUAAAGGACUGCAUAACAUCCUUGGACUCAGUGGUGACGUCAGGUGGAAACAAUUUUAGUACAGGAGAGAAACAACUAAUAUGUUUGGCCAGAGCAAUACUAAGAAAAAAUGAGCUAGCAAUAUUAGAUGAAGCUACAGCUAACGUAGAUCAAAGAACCGAUGAACUAAUUCAGCGCACUCUCAAGAUGAGGUUUGCCAACUUUACCCUUAUUACCAUAGCCCAUCGGCUACAAACAAUCAUGCAGACCGAUAAAGUAUUACUUAUGGACAACGGAUAUUUAGUGGAAUGUGAUCAUCCAUAUCGACUUAUACUUAAGCGUGGAAAAUUCUAUGAUCUAGUGCAGCAAACUGGAGAUGCGACCGCAGCCCAUUUGGAAGACAUGGCGUAUAAGCACUUUACACAACAUCAUUCCUAAGCAUUCAGUUCUGUAUCAAAUACAAAAGGUGGUAACAAGUGAAAGCAGGACCAGUUCAUAUGUAAUUUUCUUAAGAUCUACGUGAAUAUAAUUAAAUUAAUACAA